CUACAAUUUAUUUCUAAUGAUUAUUUCUUAAUUUAGAAUAUUUAAUAAAUUUUUUUAUUAAUUAAUUGCAUUAAAAUUAUUUAAAUAUCAAACCAACCGAAAAUUGACCAAGGGUUGACCAUGGCUCAACCGAAAGUUGACUUUGGUUUGACCAUGGCAAAACCGAAAACUGACUUCGGUUUGACCGAAGGCCAACCGAACGUUCACCUCGGUUUGACCGAGGGCCAACCGAACGGCGGCUUCGGUCGUCGAAGGUAGGGGAGACUGACCUUCUCCGGCGAGGAUUGACGGUGAUUGCUGGCGCUGUGGGCGAAGACGGCGACUGCUGGCGCUGUUGGCAACGAAGGCGAUUGCUGGCGCGGUUGGCGACGACGCUGCGGGCUGGCGGCGAGUGGGGUGCGGCGCGACGACUGCGGACUGACGGCGCGUGACUCCGACUCCGGCGGCGUGGGUUGCGGCGGUGGACGACGCUGCGGACUGACGCGACUCCGACUCCGGCGGCGUGGGUUGCAGCGGCGGACGACUCCGGCGAGGUGGGUUGCGGCGACUGCUCUGCUUGUUUAGGGUUUGUCGGGGGGAGAGUUGUCUGUCGGGGGAGAGGAAGUGGGGGAAGGGGUUGUUUGUUUAGGGUUUGUUUUUGAAUUUUAGAAAGGGUAAUUCAGUAAUUUACGUAUUAAGUUAGGACGACAGUUAGUAAUUCUUAGGACGACCUUUAACCCUUUAGUUAUUUUUUCCUCAAAUUUCAGAUCACUCUAAUGAAAAAGACAAAGCUUUGCCUCCCUUGACGUUUUGUUUCGUCCAGCGUUAUUUACAAUAUUAUUAUUUGAUGGCAUCGCUUUUAUAAUUCAACUGAAUACUAAAAAGGAAACCAAGUGGCACAACAUGUUAAACCUAAAAGUUAAAACUCAAGAUCUCAGGGGAAGAAAGAAGAUAAUGGUGGACAACCACUCCACUCCAUUUCCACUUUCAGCAAAAAUAUUGAGCAAUAGAAAAUUAUUAAUUUCCUUUUGUAGUUACUGUUUAUUCACCCACGCUUUUCCCGAACAUUUUCCCUUUUUGUUUUAAAUCGCCGACUGGUUUUUCACCAAGAGUGGCUCUGUGGCUGAUGGGGGCCGCUUGCCAAACUGGGGAAGUGUUUCUGUUUUUUUUGGAUUUUUUAAUUUGCAAAUUUUCCAGAAAGAAGAAGUAGAGAGAGACAGCAGAGACGUAUUGAUUCCACUAACCAAAAUCGUGUGGCCGUGGUUAGUCCAGAAAUAAAGAAAUCAAAAUUCGUGUGGCCGUCGUCAAGAGCUCCCCCCACAGCCAUGGCCCGCACUCUCACCUUUCCUUUUCCUUCCUCUUCCCUUCCCUUCCAGAAAAUUUUCUCGCUUCGAAAGUCGAAAGCGGCUUCAGUUUCAUCCAAAAAAUCGUUCCAUCUACCAGCUGCCAAUAAACCCUCCGCCUUCUCCCGCCGCGGCCGCGCAAAUCAAACUUCCCCGCCGAUUUCCUUCUCAUCUUGCAGCGGAGAUCUGAAGCUCAGUUCAACUGUGCUUUUAAUGGCGUUGACGGAGCGGAGAACUGAAGAGGAUUUGUAGAGGAAGAGAUUUUGAAGAUAGAAGGCACUAGCAAAGGGAAGAGGAAGAAGCCGAAAUAGUACACACUCAGCAGAGGGAGAACUAAAAAAAAAAAAUGCGGACGCUCUGUGACGUUUGCGAAAACGCCGCCGCCAUCCUCUUCUGCGCCGCCGACGAGGCUGCUCUCUGCCGCGCCUGCGAUGAUAAGGUUCAUUUGUGUAACAAGCUAGCUAGUCGGCAUGUGCGUGUUGGGCUAGCUGUUCCGAACGCGGUUCCUCGUUGCGACAUUUGUGAGAAUGAACCUGCGUUCUUUUAUUGCGAGGUUGAUGGUACAUCGCUCUGCCUGCAAUGCGACAUGUCUGUGCACGUUGGUGGCAAGAGGACGCACGGGAGAUAUCUCUUACUGAGGCAGAGGGUGGAGUUUCCAGGUGACAAACCUGGCCAUGUGGAGGAUGAUGUUAUGAGGGAUCAAAUGCCGCCACCUAAAUUUAUGAAGCCAGUAACUCAGCAAGAUCGUAGGGUUUCUCCGGCUCCGGUGGCAGAGAACAACAAUUCGGUUGGCAGGAAUGGAACAAUGGAAAAUAAUUUGUUUGACCUUAAUUCCAGCCCUCGAAGAACUAAUGGGAAAGAUCCAACUAACCAGGGAGGUAAUGUAGCGAAUGGUACAAACUGAAGAGUCUGCUAAUGUUGUGGUUCUAGGACCCUUCAAAAGAGAGCAUGCAAAAAGUAAAGCAAGGUAAGGCUACAGCUCUUUGCUUUGGCUUUAAGCUUGUAAUGAGAUAUCUUUCAUGCAAAGUGUUGUGUGGUUCUGAACUAGAGACAUUUUCGCCUAACUACGAACAUUUCAAAUUAGUAGCAGCAGCAGGCGACAUUCUAAGCCACUAUAUUGUUUGGCAUGAGAGGAAGAAGCAGAUAGGGUUGAAUGCAUAUAUGAUCUCUUGCUUUGUUGAGGAUGAACUCUAAAUUCUUGAUUUUUGGAUACAGAUGACUCUCAUGGUGCCCAGUUGUGAAGACUCCAAUAGCUCGAAACUCGGCCUUUCUCACCAUUAUCAUCUAGGAUAGAUGGUUAGUACACUACUACUGCCUACGGUUGGUUAGGAGGGAAUCUGAGAUUUUUUCCUUUAUUUUUUUUUUUUGUCUGUGUAAAGCAAAAUGCAGCUUUUGUUUUGAACCAAGUACAUGGAACUCGUUCAAUAGGGCGGUUCCGAUGCUAGUUAAUGGUUAACAUUAAUACAAAACCACAUGCUGUUUGAUGUAAGGAUCUCAAUAAUCUGUUUAAUUACUU